AUGUGUAUUACUACUACUUGCUGCUUUGCAUUUCAAAGAUUAACUCCAUUCUGUGCACGAACUUACGCAACUCAUUCCAUUACUAUUCAAACUUAUUCUCCUGCCGUUGCUAGCAUCAUUGGACGCUUUUCUUUAUCAAAAGAUGUUGUUUCUACAAUCUCUCCUUCUGGUCCAAAAAACAGACUGUUAAAGGGUGAUGUAUUGGCAUAUUUGAGCAACCCUACAGUUGCUUCUCACAAAUCUGUUAGGGUUGACUCUCAGUUUCAACCUGUUGCCAUACAAGCUACUGUCGACGAUACUCCAUUUUACCCUAUUCCCGUUAUACAUCACUCACUUCAUGUCAAUCUUUCUGCUGUUUCGGAUAUUCAUGGAUUACCAAGUAUUCAAGACGCUGUCGCCAGUGCUGUCGCGAAUGCAUUGGUUGAAGCACCCGAUGCCAGUAAUUCUGCCAUGGUUCAUCCAUUCGAACGCAUUCUUCUUGUUCGUGAUUCUGCAAUUGGACAGUCUAGUAUGAUCAUUCCUGCUGGAAAAAAGACCACCCGAGCAUUUUUAUCUCGUAAAUUCGUCGACUCCAAGACAAGUAUCGAAGCCUUGAAUGUUUUCCAAUUGAGAGAUUAUAUCGGAUCUCCAAAUACAGAAACACCCACCACGCCUCUGUCUUUAUCCAAUACUGCUAUUCUCACAGUGCAUAUUGAAAAAUCUACCCCCUUUCAAUCUGCAUCAACUGACAAUACAAGCAAUGACAUUCUGGAUACGUUGCUAGAUUGCAACCAUUGCUCACCAAUUGCUACCGCUAUAGAUGGCAAUGCACUGUCCUAUCAAACUGAUGACGCAAACCAAGUGACUACUGUUUUUAAAUCAAACAGUAGUAUUUUUGAUGAAUUGGUUGGUCAACUGCCUACAGUUUGCAAAGUGCAACCCAACUCUGUACUAGUGUUUGAUCUUGCAGUCGAUGGUCGGGCAGUGAGUACAAAAUCAGCUCGUGGAUUUCUAACCAAAUUGCAAAAUCAACUGCAAGCUUAA